AAGUUGUCGUAUUACGACCUCUGACCUCCGUAUGGACAGUCAACCAAUCAUAUUGCUGUGUUUCUCGGUGGGUGGAUACCAGUGUGUACAUUUAAACAAUGAGAUCUGAGCCACUGGAACCAGAAAAGAUUUGGUUGUUAGAAGCUGCUUCAAGGCGAGGUUUGAAGAUGAAGAUCACUACAGAAUUAAGCGGGAGUCUUUUGUUGAUAUUCCUGAUGAUUGUUCUGUCUGAUGGCGCUUUGGUCGAUUUUCGACGUUUAUGCCAGCCCACUCAGCAGAGUUUCGGAUUCCGCCGGGACCCGUGGCAGAACGAAGUCAUUCAUUAUUGUUUUAAAACAACUCCGCCCAUGAGAAAUGAGGAGUGUCGAGAAAUAAAUGCCAUUGGAGGAUUCGACUGUGGAGAAGAAUUUUACUUACAAGGUGGACUUGAGAACCAGAGGGCCCAAUGCUGUCGAAAGGCUGGGUACAGAAUCGCUAAUUGCCAAACCGUAGCGGAGACGUUCUCUUACAGGGACGGGUUUGACAUUAUGUAUGUCAACCGCGCACUUCGUAAUCUGACCAGUACCCCAACCUCAUCCGACCCAACAGCUUUCCAAAUUGAGUUGUGUGACUUGGAGAGAGAGGAGUCCAAAUGAAACAAUAAUAACAUGUCAAUUAAACUGAUCAUAUCUUCAUCAUUAUGGACUUAUAAGUAUCGAACGUAUAUAUAUGCAUGUAUAUUCAAAACUAAUAGCUCUGUUUCUUAGUUUAUAAUCAAGAAUGUUUCCAUUUUAACCAGUGUUAUAUUCUCAGAAAUAUUUGUACACUGUUAUCUUACAGUUUUUGAUAUUUUUAACUUUUUAUAUCUUUAUUUUAUUGUAAGUAAAUUCGUGCAUGUAAUAUUUAUAGCGCUCAUGAAAAUUUUUAUGUGUCGUCACAAAUUUUUCUGAAAUUCUAUCUUCUAAUUCUCAAGAAACAGUCGGCCUAUUUGAACCAACUUGGCACAGAGUUUACUUUGGUACAUAAAAUUUAAGUAUAUUCAAACGAAUGGCCACAUCCUCUUCAAAGGGGAUAUAUUUUAUACAACAAAGACAUUAUCAGUCAUGCAUAUUUAUUGGCACCAUUCUAAGGUUGUUCAUUCAAGAUACCGGUAGUUCAGAUCAUGAUCUCAGGGAAAUGGCGUGGUCACAAGAGGGGGUCAAAUUUUUAACUACCAAUCCAUAAUUUGUUAAACAUGUUUAUAUUCAUGAAAGCAUCCUCAAGUAGCGUAAUUUCAAGUUUGUUCAAAUCAUGACUACUUAGGAUAGGGUGGGGCCACGAUAUAUGUUUUUCAUAAGAAAUAAGACUACCUGCUAAUGAAGUGAAAUAAUUACUCAGGUGAGCGUUGUGGAUCAUAACCUUUUAUCAACUAUAUUGUUAUAUACCUUACAUAUAUAUUGUAUAUAUUUCCAUUUUUAUUGUACAAUAUAUAAUUUGCUUUCUGUAAUGUUUCGAUUUGU